AUCAAAUUUCCACUACAUUUCGACUAGGUCUUGGGAUCUCUUGUAGGACCGUUGCAUAGUCUUCCACAGCAAUAUGAAAAUGUUACUUUUUCCUUGACUUUAUCUUUUUACCUUUCGUUUCCGUGUCCAACACCUACGCUGACAGAUAUUUCUGGGAUAUGAAGUAGGCGGCGAUUGUAUGCAGCUUGGAGUCAAUCUCAAUACAAAUGAUUUUACUGCUAUAGUUGUUCUAGAAAUUUGUAGGAGGUGGCAGAUAGUACCUCAGCCUCGGCGGCGUCCAUAGUCCCAUCUACUUUCGUCGUUAUUCAGUUUGAUUACUUGUUUGAGUAAAAGAGCAAAGAAAGAGAACUUUUUAUUAGACGAUCGAUCUAUCGUACGAAUCAACAAGAUGGCACCAAAGCCGUUGGUUAAGAAGAGUGCUGCUGCCGGUAAGGAGGUGACAGAAGGAAAGGCAGCAAAGGCACAACAGAAAGAUGAAGAGUUGGUACUAACGCUGAGCAUGCAGAGAAAUAACAUGGCGCUUACACACGUGAGAACAUACAGUGGCGUAACAGCGGGAGCAGUAGCAGGACUUUUACAUGCGGGAGGAAUAAUGGGCAUUGUUAUAUACGCUCUGGUCACACUUGCCGCGAGUGGAUUCGUGUAUCUCAAAGUCGGCGGACAAGUCAAGAAAUACUUCGUCAAGGAGACUGACCCUUUCUUUUCACAAAUCUUUGGCGGCCUAAUGGUAUACCUUGAUAACAAAUUUAUGGCUUCCCGUCGAGGAGAUCCAUAUCAUCGUCAAUUUUACGAAGUGCCUCUAGAUCCUGCAAUUGCACUUUUCAGGAGAUUUUAUUGUUAUUCUUCGCUUUUACCAUCUUACCUCAAAUAAUCAUAACCUUCAGACGUUUCUGCUCACAUGGAU